GGGGGCAACCGUUGCGAGGAGGGCGCCCUGGGCCCUGAGGUGGGACUGUCGGCUGCUGACACCCUCUUCCGGCCCUGAAGCGCCCGGCCUGGUGGUCCCGGGACGUUCUGGUCGCAUGGCGGAGUGCUGCGGACGACGCCCAUGAAGCCCUUCGUCCUCCUUGUUGCGCUGUUGCUAUGGCCUGCGUCCGUGCCGGCAUUUCCGGGUAUAACUGUGACGCCUGACGAAGAACAAAACUUGAAUCAUUAUGUACAGGUUUUAGAGAACCUACUACUAAGUGUUCCCACCAGGGAUCAAGGCCGUGAGAAAAAAUCAAAGUCUCCAAGAAAUGAUUAUUCUACAGGAUCGAGGGCAUCAAAGGAGGUAACCACAUCUGCUCCACCUGCAGAAUCUUCAACUGAGAAUGAUGUUUUAAUCAAUCCUGUCAGUGAAGAAACGACAUCUUCUCCUCCUAGAGGCUUCACACUGGAAAUACCAAAGAAAAAACGGACACAGAGUACAGCCUUCUGGUCGAUCAAACCAAACAAUGUUUCUGUUGUUUUACAUGCGGAAGAACCUUACAUUGAAAAAGAAGAGCCCGAGCCGGAGCCCGAGCCCGAGCCCGUUACGAAAACAACUGUGGCAACCACGUCAACAACAGAAGUAUUUACAAGCCUGCCUGGCACCACUUUAACCAGAAGCACUGAGAUGGCAAUGUCCACAGAGUCGGAAGAUGUUCCUCAGCUCUCAGGUGAAUAUGACAUAGAAAAGCUCGAAGAACCAACCAGUGAACGACACUCGACCUUGGAUUAUGAUGAAAUCUUGAGAAAAAUCUCGGAUAUGAAACUCCAGGUGCGGCGGGCACCUUUCUUUGACAACAGCAACCCAGAAUACAGAGAGGACAUCAUAGCCUCCAAAGAGCACCUGAAGCGCAGCCUCGCGCUUGCCGAAGCAGCCGAGCACAAGCUGCAGAAAAUGUACCAGUCCCGCCUGAUCUCAGUGGGACAGGCCAGCAGUGAAGCCAGUGACGUGGAAACUGUUAUUAACAUGCUGUAUAACUCCAGGUAUAAGUUAUCUGAAUAUUUCGAUAUCAAAUAUAUUCCACCAGAGAUGAGAGAAAAAGCUACUACAGUAUUCAAUACAUUGAAAAAAAUAUUAUGUGCAGGUCAACUGGAAACUCAAAACCUUAUUAGAAAGUUAUUAAGCAAUAAUAUAAAAAUUUUAAACCUACUUGAUAUUCCAUGACAAAAUUGACUUGGGCAAACUUCAUUCAUUCACAGGAGAAAUAAGCAUAUUAGUGAUUUCAACAAUGAUACAAAAAUAUUUUCUAUUGUAGCUCAGUAUGUUUAACAUCUUUAUAUGUAAUGUAUUAUGAACAUUUUUUAUGCAGUAAAAAUUCAGUAAUUUAAAAUAAACUUUUGGUUCAGGAGUCUAUAGUUUUUGCUUAUUAAUUUUAAAACUUGUGAAGAUAUACUCCUUAAAAUGGUCAAGCUUUUAUUUUACUUGAAUAGACUAACUAAAUUCACAUUUUAUAACUUAAGAGACUGUGUACCAUAUGCAUAUAUAUGGAUAAGUGUAUAUAUACAACUGUAUACAGACAUAUGACAUACAUAUGACCAACUUAAAAGAAUUGCAUAUAAAUGUAAAGUUUGGGGGAUAUAUAGCUUUUAUUACUCUUUGGAUAAUCUGUUUUAAGUCAGAAAACCAUAUUUGGGGCUUGGGUUAAAGCUACUUUUCUUUGGAUACAUGUGCACCUUUGAACAGUAUGUGAUUAUAUUAAGAUACAUCCUUGUUCUUUUGUUAAGCACUUUUGAAAGUAGCAAUGAGCGACUGUAACCCGGAUUUUUAAUGAAGUCAUUAUUAUUUCCUCAUUUUUGUGUGUGUGUACAUAUACAUGGAAACUUUGCAAAUCCUUUGUCAUGGAGUAUGAUUGACGCCAUUAGGUUAACUGU